CGUAUCCGGAAGUGUACGAAAGCCACGUGGUACACCAUUGAAUGGGUUGGGUCUGUUGUCCUGGAAACCAAACAAUCCAAGAUGGAGGACAUGUGUGUCAGAUGUCAUGUCCUCCUCCAAAUUAACAAAGUGCUGUGGCCGCAGAAAGACUCUCCCUCGCUCUGUCUGAAAGGAGAGCCAGUUUUCAUUCAAGUUUGUCUUUUAGGACAACUUCUACAGACAGAACUCUUCUCUCCUGUCUUCCCUCUCUUGAUAAACACUACACUAGCAUUUGAUAGAGUAUUUACGAAUUGUAAAGUGCCUUCCGUUUUGCCUGAAGUUCUUAGAGGUGAACAUGUAAAAAUAGAGCUAGUUCAAGUCAAUGAAAACUACAAUGGUAAUGAACUAAUGCUUGCUGGUAAUGCAAGAUCUUUCCCUUCUUUAGGUGGUACGAUUUCGGGUAGGUACGAGACUUCUGCUUCAUCUUUUCUGUUCUCCGAUAAAAAUGGCUGCGACCCGUUUCAAAUAGUCAUGGAUAAAUCCCAUUAUUAUGAAACGUCUCCAUUACUCCAGUUGUCUUGUUGCAUGAGUUUAUUAGAAGCUCGGGUUAUAUCACCACUCAAAGUCCUAACCCAACCAUUCACUGCUAGUGCCACGCCUUCUCCAGCCCCACCCACUCCAGCUCGUCCACCCACGCAUCCUUUAGCCACGCCUCCAACCCAACAAAUCCUCCCCAUUGAAUCGUCUCCUCAGCGAAAAGGUCACAUAUCAUUUAACAUUGAUGCUCAUGAGACUCCGCCCAUUUUAAAAUACAAAUCAAAUGAGAGAAAGUCACAUGAUCAAUUGAGUAACCACGCCUCUAAAUCACGUGACCACGCCCACAAAUCACGAGACAAUAAAUCUCAGAAAAAGCUAUUGCAGCCUUCUCUCUCGAUUGACGAGUUUGAGAGAUCAAUGUUAGUUGAGAGGCUAAGAUCACAGGAUUCCCCAGCCGCAAAAAACCAGUCACACGAGACAUCACAUGACUCCUCCUUCAUGUUCAGCGAUCAUUCCUGGGAGGCGUGUCCUCGACGAAAACUAACGCCAAAGGAAGGAGACUCGACCAAUCAAACUGAAGUACACUCGAAACCUUUCGUGGUACCUCACGCCGACCCAUCUCUGUUAUCAAAAAGAGAGUUCUGUAGUUGUUCUCCUCAGAAGAAAACCACACCCACUAAGAAGAGACCCAAGUUUAGCUCAACCCCGAUCAAGGAUUCUAUGAUUUCGAAAUAUCUCGGCACGAAUCAGCACGGACGCCAUAAGAACGUCACGAAACGUGUUCAGGACAAGUUGGACGAGAUGAUGAAAGAUUUGUCCGGAAAGGAGAAAGAGGCACAUUCAAUACAAGAUAACGAUACUAUAAGGACGUCAUUUGCUGCCGAAAGGGAUGAAACUCUCUCCCCCUCUCAGUGUCCCUCCACACAUAACAACAGUUUAUUAGCUAAGCUAGGUUACCGUGACUACUGGUCGUCGAAAGGAAGCGGUAAAUCUCAUCGACUAGUCUUUGAUGAGACAUUGGAGAAGAUUUAUAAUAGACUGUAUCAAAAUUCGUAAUAAAUAAUGAUGGAAUUAAUCAAGAAGUGUCUAUAUUCUUGAUUUUGUAAA